ACGUAGAGAAAUCAAUUUUCUCUUUUCAUUUGGACGAACGUGGGUGGAAAAUGAAAGCAAAUUUGAAAAAACACUUUGCUUUUCCUUUAUUUCUUUUCAACACACGCUUAGUUGCCUUUGUUGAGCAACCAAUUUGGUCAAAAACAAUUGCAUGGGAUAAGCAGCAUAAAUUGGGCAGUGAAAUUACCUAUACCGUCUUCUCCAAGAUCUGAUUUCUCUCAACGAACUAUAACGUCCAUUGAACAAUCAAUUCCUUUUUUUUAUAUUAUUAUUGUAUGUUUUUCUGCUGCAUUGAGAUUCAGAUAUGAAUUGCAAAUUCUCCGACGAUCCAAUCACAAGGGAAUUCUAUAUUCCGACGUAUAUCCUGUCGCCGGAUGCCGCCGGCGAGACAACGGAGACGUUACAGGAUGUGCCGUCCUCGCCGGUGGUGGUCUUCAUCAAUUCUAAAAGUGGCGGCCAACUUGGAGGGGAUCUUCUUCUCACCUUCCGCUCUCUGCUCAACAAACAUCAGGUGUUUGAUUUGGGAGAAGAAUCGCCAGAUCGGGUGCUGCGCAGGCUGUAUCUGAAUCUAGAGAAGCUGAAGAGCAAUGGUGACGUGUUGAGUUUAAAACUGCAGGAGAGAUUGAGAAUUGUUGUGGCUGGCGGGGAUGGCACCGCUGGCUGGCUCCUUGGUGUUGUUUCUGAUCUCAAAUUAUCUCCACCUCCACCCAUAGCUACCAUGCCUUUGGGAACUGGAAACAAUCUCCCUUUCGCAUUUGGAUGGGGGAAGAAGAAUCCAGGAACCGAUAAGCAGGCUGUGCUCUCUUUCUUGAUCAAAGUGAAGGAUGCAAAAGAAAUGAACAUAGACAGUUGGCAUCUUCUGAUGAGGAUGAGAGCACCAAGACAGGGUUCUUGUGAUCCGAUUGCACCUCUUGAAUUGCCUCACUCUUUGCAUGCUUUCCAUCGGGUGUCUGAAUCUGACGAACUCAAUGUGGAAGGCUAUCACACAUUCCGUGGUGGAUUCUGGAAUUAUUUCAGCAUGGGGAUGGAUGCACAAGUAUCAUAUGCAUUUCAUUCUGAACGGAAGCUGCAUCCAGAAAAAUUCAAAAACCAGCUUGUGAAUCAGAGUACAUAUGCAAAGCUAGGGUGCACACAAGGAUGGUUUGCUGCCUCAAUCUUUCACCCUUCCUCAAGGAACAUAGCUCAACUAGCAAAAGUUAAGAUCAUGAAAAGGCCAGGAGAAUGGAAAGACCUCAAAGUUCCGCACAGCAUCAGGUCAAUUGUAUGCCUCAACUUACCCAGCUUCUCUGGUGGGCUGAACCCUUGGGGAACACCAAAUAUCCACAAGCGUCGAGAUAGGGACUUGACUCCCCCAUUUGUAGAUGAUGGACUCAUAGAAGUUGUUGGCUUUAGAGAUGCUUGGCACGGACUGGUUUUGCUAGCUCCGAAUGGACACGGCACACGUCUUGCUCAGGCACAUGGAAUCAGGUUUGAGUUCCACAAGGGGGCAACAGAAGAGACAUUCAUGAGGAUUGAUGGGGAGCCAUGGAAACAACCCCUCCCGGUGGACGAUGACACGGUGGUGGUGGAAAUAUCUCAUCUAGGGCAGGUCAAGAUGCUUGCCACCCAUGACUGCAGGGCCAAGAGUGUGUAUGACCCCUCUAGCCCAUCCCACCGAACCGGCGAUGAUGGAGAUAGUGGCGGUGAAGAAGAUGAUUCCAUCUCCGAGGAACAGAGAAAGUUUGGGGCUGCAGACACCUUCAAGAUUCCCGACGAGAUCGACAUUUCUACUCUCAGUUAAAUACCAUCCAUCUCUUCUCACAUUCUUUUAAUUUAUAGCACUUGAAAAAUACCAUAAUGCCUUCAGUUUUUUUAAUUAUUAUUUAAAAUUCCUCCUUUAAUUGCUGUACAUAAAAGGGAUAGCACCGCUCUCAUUCUCUUACUCCCUCUCUUUGUCCCUUAAUCUGCUUUUUUUCUUUUUUUUGGAGGGAUAGAUCUCCAAUCACAUCUUUGAAACAAUAUCCUGAAUUGUGAUUUUAAAAAAAUGUGAUGCAGAUUUGCAAGUUGCCUGAGCUUUGGGAGAUGGAAACUCUAUUACAGCAUAAUACAACAUUGAUAAACAGAGUUUUUUUGUUAGCAGGAGGAGAAUGUCAAUGAUGUCCAAACGGGGCGCAAGAGGAGAUUUGAAUUACCAGCCUGCAAUUGGGUAUAUCCCCAAACAUUUUUUUACAGCUUCAUUAGGCUUCUGGCUUUCCCUUUCUUCCCUUUUCUUCUUCUCCCUGCAAAGGACUUAAAUUUAAGAGGAUACAAUACCAAAGAAAGAUAUUCAACCUAAAAAGAAAGGGUCUGGUUUUAU